CCACAAAGUAUCCGAUAAGUUGUUGUAUUUGUGAUCGAAACAAUCAGACGGCCGUCUCUCUCUCUCUAGGGUUUAAUAAUCCAAAGUCUUUGAAUGAUGAAGCCACCAACGGAGGAGGCAGCUGCGGCCCCAGUAUGUGUGUAUUGGGACAUAAAGAGGUGUCCGGUUCCCGAUGGAUAUGAUCCCCGUCGGGUGGGUCCGUGUAUUAAACGGUAUUUGAGGAAUUUAGGCUACUCUGGUCCUAUCACGAUCACCGCCGUUGGCGAACUAUCAAAGGUCCGCCGUGACAUCCUAGAAGUGGCCACCACCACUGGAAUCUCUCUUCUUAACGACGUCCAUGGUCCCAGAGACAUGGUUGAUCUUUUCCUCGACUGUUUGGGAGAGGGUCCAACUCCCUCUAACUUGAUGGUCAUAUCAAGUCCACCAGCCUACGUUCCUCCCAACUUCUCUUCUCUUUGUUGCGGGAAGAAUGGUUACUACGGUAUUUUCCCGUUUCCAUUUGAGUCUACUCCCGAAGCUGCUGAGUCUCUCUGGAAACACUCUCUUCUGGAUCUGGCUGGUGUGUGUUUGUUGAAUGCUACUACGUACCAUGGUGAGAGUGAAGAAGCAACCAAAGGCCUGUUUUUAAUAAUCUGAAAACUUUAGAGAUUUCUAAUCUUUUAUGAAUACUAAAAAAAUUGUAGGCUUAGUAGCGAGAAAGCACAAGAAGCAGAGUGAGUACAUGGCCCUUGCUGUUGUUCUUCUCUAAGGCCUUUCUUAUGGUGUUAAAAUGCUUUGUUCUACUCAAAUGUUGGGUUAA